AUGUGGCAGCCGGGGCGGCAUGUGGCAGCCGGGGCGGCAUGUGGCAGCCGGGGCGGCAUGUGGCAGCCUGGGCGGCAUGUGGCAGCCGGGGCGGCAUGUGGCAGCUCGGGCGGCAUGUGGCAGCCGGGGCGGCAUGUGGCAGCCGGGGCGGCAUGUGGCAGCCCGGGCUGCAUGUGGCAGCCGGGGCGGCAUGUGGCAGCCGGGGCGGCAUGUGGCAGCCGGGGCGGCAUGUGGCAGCCGGGGCGGCAUGUGGCAGCCGGGGCGGCAUGUGGCAGCCGGGGCGGCAUGUGGCAGCCCGGGCGGCAUGUGGCAGCCGGGGCGGCAUGUGGCAGCCGGGGCGGCAUGUGGCAGCCGGGGCGGCAUGUGGCAGCCGGGGCGGCAUGUGGCAGCCGGGGCGGCAUGUGGCAGCCGGGGCGGCAUGUGGCAGCCGGGGCGGCAUGUGGCAGCCGGGGCGGCAUGUGGCAGCCGGGGCGGCAUGUGGCAGCCGGGGCGGCAUGUGGCAGCCGGGGCGGCAUGUGGCAGCCGGGGCGGCAUGUGGCAGCCUGGGCGGCAUGUGGCAGCCGGGGCGGCAUGUGGCAGCACCACGGCAUGUCACAGCCGCGGGCAUGUGGCACGCGUAUGGAAUCAUACUCUAUCCAAUAUUUUUCCUUCAUAAACCCCUACGGAUAUUGCAUAGAAACCUUCCAUAUUUUUAUUUACGCGCGUCGGUUUAAGCGCAAAACAUCUUUGUAA